AUGCGACCUCACCGAUUUGUCUUGCUUGUCGCAUGUUUCAUCGCCAUCCCUGUCUUCCUAACAUGUAUUUCAUUACUCGGGAGCGGCAACAAUGAUAACGCUGAUGUAUUUCAACGACCCCAGCGCAGUAGAUUCCGGGCUCUCUUCUCCUUCUCAACUCCUUCUGCGUUGUUCCCUCCAUCAGCAAUCAUCAGCCUGACGACCGAAAACUCUACCUUUUUCUUAGCCCGACCCGCUGCUUUUGGUCCGGCACUACCUUCAAAGGGUCUGACUGGUCGACUAUGGGUUGGAAGAGGAUUUGGUGACGAUGCCUUGCUAUCUGAAGAUGAUCUCAAGAUCAGUGGCUUCGAACUCGGUUGUUCAGAUGUGCCAGGAUGGGGCGACGAUCAGAAGAAUACACCAGAUAACCCCGCCUUGAACGAGAGAUCAUUUAAGAAAACGGCAGACGACUCUGCAGCAGUCGAUGUGCCAGAUAGUCAAAUCCUAUCCGACCUGAACAAGGCAGAAGGUGUGACUGGUGACGGUUCACCUCUGGCAGAUUUUGAAGAUGGAACUGAUGAUCAUCUGCAUCGACCACUACAAGACUCAAACCCUGCUCCUGUCGUCAAGCAUGGACAGCCUGCUAAUGUCAAUCUGCAGGACAAACAGCAGAAUCCAAUUCAUGCCGAUAUAGAGUCGUUACAGGAAAGCGCAGACAUUGCUGGCAAGAUUGUUAUGCUGAGCCGUGGUGGCUGCGGCUUUCUCGAGAAGGUCAAGUGGACACAAAGAAGAGGCGGAGUCGCUCUCAUCGUUGGCGACAAUGAGCGCAAUGGACAAUUGACUAUCAUGUAUGCAAAGGGCGAUACCUCCAACAUCACUAUACCCGCUAUCUUUACCUCCUAUACUUCAGCUCACCUGUUAUCCUCCCUCGUCCCCUCCGAGCUGGAUAUGGGAACAAGUUCCGAGGCCAACAAAAUCAGUGCGACCUCAGGCAAAGAUAGCAAAUCGGAUAAUGGCAAGGCCAAAGCCAAUGCAAAGAACAAGAACAGUGGACCUGUCUUCACUACCUCCACUACGGCAAAGGUCGAGCCUACAUCUAAACCUGAUUCAGGCACAGCUGCGACUCAAAAAGAUCAAGGCUGGAUGCAGAAUGUCCUGCAGGUCGUCGGCUUAGAUGACUCCAACUCCCACGGCGAAGAUAGCCGCCGACCACCGGGCAGUGGCAACAUUGAGUGGGUGCAAGUCAAGGAUUGGGACGAAGAUGCCGAUCAUACUACCAGCACCGGUACAAAGCCAUCGACCAUCUCGAAGAUGACCUCGACCACUACCAAGCUAGUCAAGCAAUUCACAACCACAAGCAGGCCAGGUGACGACUUCGUGAUUGGUGUUCAAGACUGGCGGGAUACAGAAUUGAUUGCUCCGAAAUCAACUCCAUCUUCCACGGACUCAAGAGGCAAGAAUGAGAAGACCAAGGAUGACUCAACCAAUACUAUGACUGCAGCAGCGAAGGAGACAAAUUUCAAAGGUGGAAGCAUCAUUCCCGGAAGUGGUGAAUAUCAGAAACCUGACAAGGGUCAAAAAGCAACGCACGAUGAACAGUCGAAGAAAGACAAGAGUGAACAGAAAUCAUCACCUGGAUUCUGGGCCAAGAUAAGAUCGUGUUUCACCAAGUCUGCAAAGCCUGCUUCUGCACGUCCAGCAGCCAUUUCGAAGAAGCAGUCCCACCAGAAACCCAAUGAUGAGGAACAAGAAGGUCUUUGGAUCACACUCACUCCAACUAGUGUUUCGACAAGUCCUUUCUUCGACACCCUGCUCGUCCUGGUCAUAAGUCCUUUGGUUACAUUGACCUUUGUCUAUGGCUUACUGCUUCUGCGUUCUCGCAUUCGACGACGCAGAUGGAGGGCGCCGAAAUCUGUUGUUGAGCAACUGCCUGUCAGGACUUACCACACCUUUUCUCCUGCAUCGUCAACGACAACGUCGUCUCUUGCGACACCUGAGAGGUCUCCAGCUGGUUCACCACAACUGCGACCCGAGUCUAUUCGAUCUCGACAGCGUUCCCAGACCACUACUGGUGUCGUGGGAUCCAGUGCUAAUACCUCACAAUCACACAGCCCGCCACCAACCGAGAAGGUGAGGAAACAGAAACGUUACCGUGGCCGUCAAGUCGAAUGUGUUGUCUGUCUCGAAGAAUAUGUUGACGGGGAGUCCAAAGUGAUGUCUUUACCAUGUGGUCACGAAUUCCAUGCUGAAUGCAUUACCCCGUGGUUGGUUAAUCGUCGACGAACAUGUCCUAUCUGCAAGGGUGAUGUCGUACGAUCCAUGCAGAAGAAUAAUGCCUCCGGUGAAGAAUCCGAGGACAAUCGUGAACCAGGCGAGCAGACGGCAGAUGAUGUACAGGAAAGAGUGGCGACUACCGUACCUGAAGACCCAGCUGUAGCAGCGAUACCAAUACCUGAACGUCAAGACACACAAAACUUGAUGGAUGAAGACAUUGAAAGAGGCAAUGACACUUCACAUCAAGAGUCGGAAGCAGGCACCUCACGCCCUGUUGCAAGUAGGUGGCGGGGCAUUAUCAACGCAAGUCUGUCAAACUUGAGUGGCGACACGUUAUGGAGGGCAAAUUCAGAAGACCGAAACAGGUAG